AUGCAAUGGCAAAGCUUAUACGAGGGGCUCGGAAAUGAGUCAUUUCAAGAGCCUUCUUCUUUCUUUGGUGAUAUGGAUUUGAAUGGUCCAAGCACUGAGCAGAAUCCGAUUUUCAAUCCCGUCUUUUCCAUCAAUGGAAUGAAUUCGUCCUCUGAUUCAGUUCCCUCUUCAAGACUGGCCGAGCUGACUCCGAAUGUAUCAACAGAAGAGAUGUUCCCCAUACCGGGCAUAUCUGCUAUGGUCCCUUCGUUUGUUGCUACCGAUAUACAUCGAUCUACUUCCCAGCCUGCAAAGACCCGUCGCAAUUUCAGUCCCGGUGACUUCAGCAUGAGUCAUAAUAGUCGUGAUACGCUCUAUGCUCACGAAUUUCUGAAGGCGUUUCGUGCUCGUGCACCAGAAUCUAAUGACAGGCAAGCAGCUUGUGAUUACUGUCGCAAGCGUAAAAUAAAGUGUGAUCGAAAAAAACCAACAUGUGGAAACUGUGCCCAAGCCAGGCGCGUUUGUACUAGCGACGAUAUCCUACGGAAGCGUGGUCCUCCGAGUAAAAAGGAAAGAGCAUUGAUGAGCAAUGCUGGUAUCAUUUUCCGCAGCCGCAACUCACGCAUUGAAAAGCAAAAUAAUCGUCGAUUGAAUCAAGAUAAAGAAACAAAUGAUUCCUCAGCUUUACCUCAAAACGUCCAAAAUCAAAUCCCUCUAAAUUCUAACCCAUUAUCAAGUAUGGUCAGCACCCCGCCCACUGCAAUUGAGUGGUCGACUGACGCAUGGCUGGCUCCCUCGACUGAAUAUUCUGCGUUGCAACCAGAAUCGACCCGAGCCAUUUUCGAUGUGUCAAAUAUCAUACCUGCGCCAUCUGCUGAUGCCUUGUCAGCACAUUCUGAAUCAAUUAUACCAUCGAAUUUCAAGAGCACCCAGGAUGUCCAUCCUUCAUCUGGAAGUGCGACAACGGUGAAUUUACCGGACAUGAGCUUACUCAAUGAAGCCCUGGUAAACACGCAUUUACCAGAUUUCAAUGCAUUUGGAUCACAUAAAAUGCAGCUCGAUGACACUAUGCCUUACUCAGAUGCAAGGCAAGACCUUUCUUUGCUAACGAAACCAAUCAGUCUUCAAGAACAAGCUCCAUCUAAUGACUCUGGAUCCUUAAAUAAUCUUCUGGGUUAUUUUGAGCCACCUAAUUUUGAUGAAACAAAAUUUUCUGUUCAAGAGAUUUUGACCUCAUCCUUGGUUACUGACCUUUCUACCAGAAAGAUGCUAGAAUUUUGUACAGCUCAUGACAUGGGUAAGGUAACACCUCUUCCGCCGCGGAUUACAACCAUCGCGCCCCCGACUCAAGCUGAAUUGGGAGACGUUAAUGAUAUAUUGUGUCUUUGCGUGUUAGAUAACUCGGGGAAUGUUGUAUAUCGGUUAAAAAAAGAUUACUAUUCGAGUCUGCAAAAGCUGUAUAACGACCCUUCACAAAUGCUCGAAUUACCUGGCGGUGUUCAUGUGCCAAUGCAGAAUGGCAAAGACGACCUAUUAGAAUUGAAGAAUCUCUUCCCAUCUCACGACCGAUUCUGGCAUGACUCCGAUUAUUUCAGGUUGAAAUGUGAAGCUUCGACUCUCCUUCAGAAUCCUGCAGCACUCACUCUCAUUCGAACGGCUUUAAAAGAUUUGGAGCAGUCUUUACCAUUUUUCCAAGCGUUUGAAAUUGAAGAGUAUGUCUCUCAAUUGAUUCCAUUGCAAUCAAUGUGCACGUGGACACCAAUUCAAGUACGACAAAGGACGUCCCUCUUAUUACUUCUUUCAGCGUUGGGUUCUUCAUUGACGAUGAGUGUGUGUCUUUCACUGGAUUCGCAAGGAAAAAUUGGCACAGCUUUACCAUGGGAGUUUGGAUAUCGUUGUUACCAACUUGCUCGUGGGCUAUUGUGCCCUGCUCAGAAGGCAUUAGCUCCCACUGAAAUGACAAUGGAGAUGCUACAAUGUUUGAUCCUGAUCAACAUGUACAUGAACCGUUGCGGUGAUCGCAAUGGAUCGUGGCUACCUUUAACUUAUGGUAAUUUUGUUGUGAAGCACAUAUUAAAAAUGUUGAAAUUGCAUCAAGAAGAAUCGUUACCCACUCAGUCUAUGCUCCAGUGGGAGAUGUUGAAACGAUGCAUUUGUAUAUUUUUCAUGCUGGAAGUAAUCAGCAGAAUAAAUGGGUAUAUGAUUUUGCCUCAAUGCAUAUGGACUUGUUCCCCACUCUCUAUGGAAAUGCCUGUAUAUUUGCAUGGCAUUUUUUCACCGCAUGGUCGUGUGGACGAUGUAUUUUCAUCCCACACUUUCAGUCGCUUUAUCUUUCACAUUGAGCUUUGCCAGAUUUUCGUGCGUAUUGUUCAGCUAAAACUGGAUGAUACUAUUGACUUGAAACAAAAUUUGGCUAAAGUUGCUUCGGUGCGGGACCAAUUGACUCAGUGGAUGAUGCAUUCGCCAUGUCUUCAGCGAUCUAUGGGUGGCUCACAGUUGCAUUCUGGCAAAUGGACAGGAUCCGAAGCUUUGGACGGCACGAGUGUUUUCCUUGCUUGUACCUACCUUCUGAACCAAGCAUCACGUUGA